AUGGACCAAGGAACUGUCUAUCAGCUAUUCCUCGCUAGCUAUCAACCAUCUUUAGAAGCUCGUAAACAAGCAGAGCUCAACAUUAAAAAUUUUGAGAACUUGGAAGGCUUUUUACCCACUGUCUUGUACAUUCAAGCGACUGAACAAUUAGACUUGGGAGCACGACAAGCAGCUGCUAUAUACUUUAAAAAUCGUGUUUGCAGCGACUGGGAAAAUGAGACGAUAAGUGAGCAAGAUAAAUUGACUAUACGAAACAAUAUCAUUCAAGCCAUGGUUACAAGUCCUAGCAUAGUAGGAAUUCAUUUGACAGCUUCUUUACAAAAAGUCCUUUCCGUUGAUUUUCCAAAUCGAUGGCCUAAUUUUAUGCAAGACGUUGAAAGAUGCUUUGCAUCAAAACAUAUGCAAACACUUCACACAGGAUUUACUGCAUUACAUGCUUUAGUAAAAGUGCUCGAAUGGAAAUCAGGCGAACACCGUGAACCUCUUUAUGAUAUUGUUCAACUUACUUUUCCUGUCAUUCAGGAGACAUGUCUUGGACUACUUGAAUCAGAAACAGCUGAAACAUUAAAGUUAGGACUCAAAAUCUUUUACUCAAGCAUUUUUGUUGAGCUACCACCGUGCUUUCGAGAUCAUACAGCGCCUCUUGUUCCAUGGUUUUCAUUAUUUGUAAAGAUAAUAGGAAAGCCAAUCGCAACACCAAAUAACAUAGAUGAUUUUGAGGAUUACAUAUGGUGGAAGAUUAAGAAGUGGGCAUAUAAAUGCAUAAAUUUAUUAACUGAAAAGUACACACUGAUCUCUCAAGAAGUCUCGCAAUCAUUCAUGACAAACUUUGCCCCUACCAUCUUGACAGCCUACCUGCACCAAUUGGAUAACUGGAUGAAGAAGACUUGCUACAUGUCAAAUAAAUGUUUGGCUUUAUCUGCUGAUUUUUUGGAUGAGUGCGUAAAGUACAAGGCAACAUGGCAGAUCCUGAAAAACCAUACUGACGUAUUGGUUGCUCAAUUCAUCUUUCCUCUCAUUUGCUUUUCUUCAAAAGAUGAGCAGUUGUGGAGAGGAAAUGCGGUAGAGUAUGUUUAUAAAAGAACUGAUAUAUGGGAAGAAUCCAAUAUGCCCCAACAGAACGUCAUCUCUUUGCUUGUUCAUCUGGCGAGAAACCGCAAGAAGCAAACAUUUAUGAACAUUUUAAAAAUUGUCAACGAUAUACUGAGCACAACUAGUACAGAGCAGGAAAAGGAUGGAGCUCUGUGUAUGAUGUCAGCCUUAGCUCCUAUUGUCUUGGAGAGUAAAAAUAUUGUGUCAAUGAUGGAACCCUUCUUUGUCAAUUACGUAUUUCCCAUAUUUAAAAGCGAAUGUCCUUUCUUGCGUGCUAGGGCUUGCGACAUUACAAGACAUUUUGAAGAUCUUGAAUUCUCAGAAGAGCAAAAUCUCCAUCAUUUGUAUGUCAAUGUUUUGAGCUGUCUAAGUGACAGCGAACUGCCCGUUCAGGUUCAAGCAGCACUCGCCUUGCAAGGCAUGAUAAGAUACUCGAGUGUAAAGGACGCCAUGAUACCGCACUUGCCUUUCAUUUUAAAGGGGCUCUUGGACUUGACAAGCCAAGUCGACUUGGAUGGAUUAGUAAGUGUACUAGAGGAAUUUGUAGAAGCCUUUAGCGAGCACCUUGCACCAUUUUCUAUUGAACUCUGCCAAAGACUAUCUGAUAUCUACCUGCAUCUGCUUGAGGAUGUCGUAAUGUACCAACAAGCUGAUGACAACAGCAAGGAUAUGUUGAACAAGGAAGAAUCGCUGAAUAGUAAGAUCAUUACAGCCAUGAGUGUACUUGACACUAUUCAGUUAUUGGUACUACAGCUAAAGGAUCACGCUGAUACACUAUAUCAGAUUGAAGCUCUCUUGUUGCCUGUCAUCCAAUGCACCAUUGAGAGUAGAGCAUUUGCAUUUUAUAAUGAAAUUUAUGAGCUAAUAGGCUUUUGUGUGCUUUCUUCGAAGAGAGUCAGUCCAACUAUUUGGUUCGUCUUUGAACUCUGCUAUAAAGAUUUUAAAGGUGACAAGGAAGGAUUACAGUAUUAUGCUACGCAGAUGGUUCCAUCUCUCUAUAACUUUAUCACAUUUUCAAAAGACGAGUUUAUCGGUAACGAGCAAAUAAAAUACGCGAUGCUUGAUAUAGUCGAUACGUGUAUGAGCAGCGAAGACCUAAAUGAAGGUGAGAAAGUGCCUGCAUGUAGAUUGAUCGAGUCGAUGUUGCUAAAUUGCAAAGAGGAAAUGGACCAAUAUAUCUCUUCUUUUUUGAACCUUGCUUUUCGAUAUCUUCCCAAUGACAUACGGUCCGCUAGCUUUAGAAUACACUGCUUGGAAAUCAUCGUGAACUGUAUUUAUUAUAAUCCUCAAUUAACGCUUGGUCUCUUGGAGAACAAUGGCUGGUCUCAGAAUUUUUUCUCGCUGUGGUUUUCAAACUUUACAAAUUUUACAAGGACCCAUGAUUUGAAGUUAAAUAUCGCAGCUCUCUGCUCACUCCUAAAGUUACAAUCUAACCAAGUACCUGUGUCUUUGCAAGCAAUAUGGCCACAGACAUUAGCUGGGCUUUCAUGUUUAUUUAAAGAUUUAAUGGAGAAGCAAAACGAAAUUUCAGAAUGUGAAGAAGAAGAAGAGGUAGAAGAGAACAUUAGCGAAGAAGAAAUCGAGGGUGAGGAAGAUGCCGAGGACGGUAACGAAGAAGAUGAGGAAGAGGAAGAAAAUGACAAUAAUGAAGAAGAGGAGAUUGAUGAACACGAGGCGGAUGAUGAUGUUGAAAACGAAGAUGCAGAAUAUUUAGAGUAUUUAACUAAAGAAGCCAUCAAUGAUACAGCUGAUGAUGAAAACCAAAUCAGUGAGGAUAUGGAAGAAAGCAUUUAUCAAUCGCAUUUAAAUGAGAUUGAUCCUUACAAGUACUUUGAACAAACUUUGAAAAAUAUUCAACUUGAGAGUCCUGACUAUUAUGCUUAUUUAAUGCAAAGCUUAAACUCAGAGGAACAGAACCAGAUUGUAGAAGUAUUGAGCGUUGCUGAGCAAAUCAAUACAGAUCAUCCAUAG